GUAAAUUCUUUAAUAUGCAGAAAUACGAAGAAGAAUAAGGUUAAAAUUUAAUAAUAUGAAAGUUAAUAAGUAGUUGAUUAUAGUGAUAUUUAUACUAAAUGCUGCAGUAAAUUUUAUACAAUGUUGAUGAAUUCGAAAUAUGCGCGAUGGACAAAAACUUUGUUGUCUAUUCAAGCUCGUGUGCUUUAUUCAUCUCAGUGCGAACAGUUAGUUGUAAAGAGAUACACCGAUACUAUUUUGUUGCCUAAAACAAACUUUCAGGCAAAGAUUACUGGAAAAAAACGUAUUGAUAAGGACCAAUAUUUACAGAAUAAAUGUGGAUUUUCAGAAUUGUAUAAUUGGCAAAGAGCAAACUUAAAAGGUCCUGACUUUGUACUUCAUGAUGGUCCACCAUAUGCAAAUGGAGAUGUUCAUAUCGGUCAUGCAAUCAAUAAAAUAUUAAAGGACAUAACUAUUAGAAGUAAAGUCAUUAAUGGCCAAAGAGUACAUUAUGUUCCUGGCUGGGAUUGUCAUGGAUUACCAAUUGAAUAUAAAGCGUUAAGUUUAGUAAAAGAAAAAUAUGCGAGUUUAAGUCCUACCGAGAUAAGAUCUAUAGCACAUACAUUUGCUACAAAUACUAUUAAUAAGCAAAGACAAGUUUUUGCUUCAUGGGGUAUUAUGGCUGAUUGGAAAAAUAAUGGAUGUUAUUUCACUAAUCAAACCUCAUUUAUUAUAAAUCAACUACAUCAAUUUUAUAAUUUGUAUGAAAAGAAAUUGAUAUAUCAAGAUUUCAAACCUGUUUAUUGGUCUCCUUCGUCUAAAACAGCACUCGCAGAAGCUGAAUUAGAAUACAAACAUAAUCAUGAAAGUAAAUCUGUAAUAAUUCGUCUUCGCUUGGUGGAUUUACCAUCAAAAUUGAUUACUUUUGAAGGAAAACCACUUUAUGCUCUCGCUUGGACAACUACUCCUUGGACUUUAGUUUCAAAUCAAGCUUUGUCUUAUUCUCCUAAUAUUAUUUAUUGUCUAGCUGAACAUAGCGAAGGAAAUUUUUAUGUAGUUGCAGAACCAUUAAUAGAAGAUAUUAGUAAAAAAAUUGGACCACUCACCGUUGUUACAACGUUUUCUGGAAAUGACUUAAAUAGUGCCAAAUAUUUGCAUCCAAUAACUGGUGACACAUUAAAUUUUUUGCCAUCGAGUCAUGUGAAUGCAGAUCAAGGUACAGGUUUAAUUCAUACUGCUCCUGCACAUUCGCACGAAGAUUUUCUUGUUGGACUGGAAAAUCAUUUAUCUGUUGUGUCCCUUGUUGAUGAAGAAGGAAAAUAUAAAUCUGAGGCAGGUUCUCAAUUUCAUGGUUUAAAGGUUUUAGAAGAAGGAACUGAAGCAGUUCUCUCACAAAUUAGUCAGAAUAUUAUUCAUACUGAAACAAUUGUUCAUAGUUAUCCGUAUGACUGGAGGACAAAAAAGCCUGUAAUAGUUCGUGCCAGUCUUCAGUGGUUUAUUGAUACAGAAUCAAUUAAAGAAAAAGCUUUGGAAGUAGCAGAAAGGAUUAAUGUAUUUCCUGAACAAUAUAAAUUAUUAUGGAUCAAUUCUUUCCUCACUCAAUUGAAAAAACGACCUUAUUGGUGUAUUUCUCGUCAACGAGUUUGGGGCACUCCUAUACCUGUUCUGUAUAAUAAGGAUACUAACCAAAUUUUUACUAAUCGUGAAUUCAUUGGAAAUUUAUGCAAAUUAAUAGAAAAAUAUGGUGUUGAUUGCUGGUGGGAGCUACCAGUAGAGAAACUCGUAGGGAAAAAACUUUUUUCAGAAUUAAAUGGUUCUGAAGGAAAUUUGGAAAAAGGCAAGGAUAUAAUGGAUAUAUGGUUUGAUAGUGGAAUUUCAUGGUCUUUUGUAUUACCUAAUAAAGAAGCGAACGUUUAUAUGGAAGGAAUGGAUCAAUUGACAGGAUGGUUUCAAGCAUCUCUACUUACAUCUGUAGCUUUGCAGGGUUCUUCUCCUUACCAAGAUGUAUUCAUUCAUGGAUUUGCUGUAGAUGAGAAUAAAAACAAAAUGUCUAAAUCUAUUGGUAAUAUUAUACAUCCAGAAGAGAUAACUAAAGGAGGAACUGACCUAAAUAAAAAACCACCCUAUGGAGUCGAUGUUUUAAGGUGGUGGAUAGCUAGUCAUGCAACUCAACACCGACUUAUACCAAUAAAGCGUACUUCAUUGCAAGAAAGUGUAGAUGAAAUCCAUAAAUUUCGUUUAGUUUUCAGAUUUCUUUUAGGCGUUUUGCACACCUAUGAUAAGAGCAAAAGCGUAACUGAGCCUCUCUAUAAUAAUUUGGAUAAGUAUAUGUUGCAUCAACUCUAUCAUUUCCAUUUAAAUAUUAAUUCACUUUAUGAAAAAUAUCAAUAUCAUAAUGUUAGUAAUGCAAUUGUCAACUUUAUAACCAAUGAUGUUUCGUCUAUUUACUGUCAUCUAAUAAAGGAUAGAAUUUAUUGUGAAAAGAUUGACUCACCAUUCAGAUUAGGUGCUUUAGACGUUAUUGGUGAAGUUUUGGCUGUUAGUGUUAGAUCUAUAGCACCUAUAAUGCCUCAUUUAGCAGAAGAAGUUUGGCUUCAUCAUCCAGAAAAUCUCACAUCUGCUCCAUUAUUUCAUGCAAAUUUUAAAUUGCUUGAGAGUUGGAAUAAACCAGAAAUUAAAAUACUUAUUGAUAAAGCACUGGAGUUACGAAAUCAGAUAAACAAGCAGAAUGUUCUUAAUUCGUGGACUAUAAAAGCUACUAUUAAAACCAAUGCAGAGAACUUCAAAUUAUUGUCUCUGUUGCACGAACAUGAAACGAGUUCAACAUCUGAACUUUGUGAUAUUUGUCAACUUUCUUCGAUUACUCUUUUGAAUGAUGAGUCAUGUAGUAAUUUUAAUAUUACUUUAGAACCUACUGACAAACUACUUUGUAAAAGAUGUCGAAGGCAUUUAGAAUCCGAUUUUGACGAACUUUGUAAUCGGUGUAUCGAAAUUCUGAACACCGCUUAA